UGAGCUCGGCCUCGUAGAGGGAGGAAGCCGCCAGGGAGGGCGGCGGAGCCAGGCCCAAAGCUCGCCCCGACACCGAGCCUUCGGCCUCGCCACGCUGCCGAGUAAGCAGUCUGCGGGCCUCUCGUCGAGCAGCGCGCCCCAGCAGAUUAAAAAAAAAAGAAGGGAGAGAGGAAACAACAACAGCGAAACUCCCCCCCCUCCACCCCCGGCAUCGUCAACAGGGCUGCGAAGUGACGAAACAGCCCUUUUCCCUGAAGAGGCGUCAAAGGUAAAGGUAAAAAGUAGCGAUAAAAGGAGGAGUUCAAGCCUUCGAGCCCAGCAGGCUCCGAUCUGCACCACCUGCCAGUCGACUGUUUCCUAAGCAGAGACCAGUGACGCUGCAGAGGGAGUCCUGCUGCUGGAGCAGCCUGCGGCACUCCCCUGCAAGCUGCCCAGACGCCAGCUGAAGCCGCCUACCUGGUCACCUCUGAGCAAAGGAGGCCACAGAAGAAAAACCGGCAAGGGCAGUGCCACGGCGAGCAGCAGGUGGAAAAAUCCAGACCGAGUCAAAGUGAGAAAGAAGCAGCCUUUGUUCUGUUUGUGUAACCUCCAGGUGGGAGAGAAACGGAUGCUGGGGAAAGAAUUCGGAGCCACGGAGAUCCUCAGAGACUGAUAGGGAGAGAAUUGGAAAAACAAGUUGGCAGGGAUUUAAAAGGCAGGGAUUUUCAAACGCUGUCUGUAGGAACAUCUUUGUUGCCCAGGUUUGGGCUGGAUUUUCAGCAAAAUAACUCUCAUGGAGAGAUUUAGGAUGCAACUACUCCUGGACAGACGCAGAGCGUUUCUGACACUCUGAUCUGGAUACAGAGCCCCUGCCCACUCCUAGGAAGGGCUUCAACUCUUUUUUUCCCUGCCUCCUGGAGAGGAGCAGGAGGGAGCAGCACCCUCGAGCAAGCCUGCCAGGGGGAGUGUGACAGGAUUGCAGCCAGAGGCCCUUGCACCUCUGGAUGUUCUGAGCAGGUGUGAUGGAGCCCCAGCAGCCUGUCCCUAUGAAGGGGGAAGGCAUCAGUGGUGAAAGGACUGACUCCGAAAUCUGCCGGGCCCCUCAGGGUUUAGAGGAAGUUGUUGAGGGGGAAGAAUUACCAGCUGCUGGCCAGGAAAGCCAAGAGCCCGAUGGGCAGGACCAGACCACGUGCUGUGGGGAGAAAGAAGUGCCUCCCAGCCCAAGGCAGGAGGAGCUGCACUGCACCUUGGACCUUCUCUCCAUGGGUGAUGCUGAGCGGCCGGAGAUCGAGGAGGUGGGAGAAGAGAGCAAGGUCACCCAAGAGACCCAUGCAGCCGCAGCAGAAGUCAACCGAGCCACCAGAGGGGCCUCGCUGCCCGACGCCUCUGUGCCCAGCCUGGGUGCAGGGGCUGCGGAGCCAGUGGAUGAGCCCACCAAGACCUGGUCUCCAAGCCGGGAGCGGGAGCCCGAGCCGGACUUCUACUGCGUCAAGUGGAUUACGUGGAAAGGCGAGCGGACACCCAUCAUCACGCAGAGUGAGAAUGGGCCCUGCCCGCUCCUGGCCAUCAUGAACAUCCUCUUCUUGCAGUGGAAGGUGAAGCUGCCCCCGCAGAAGGAGGUGAUCACGUCGGAUGAGCUGAUGGCGCAUUUGGGGGACUGCAUCUUAUCCAUCAAACCCCAAGAGAAAUCGGAAGGGCUGCAGCUAAACUUCCAGCAGAACGUCAACGACACCAUGAUGGUCCUCCCCAAGCUCUCAACAGGGCUGGACGUUAACGUGCGCUUCACGGGUGUCUCGGACUUCGAGUACACGCCUGAGUGCAUCGUCUUUGACCUCCUCAAUGUCCCACUCUACCAUGGCUGGCUGGUGGACCCGCAGAGCCCUGAGGUGGUGCAGGCUGUGGGCAAGCUCAGCUACAACCAGCUGGUGGAGAAGAUCAUCACCUGCAAACACUCGAGUGACUCCAACCAGGUGACUGAAGGCCUGAUCGCGGAGCAGUUCCUAGAGUCCACGGCCUCGCAGUUGACGUACCAUGGGCUGUGCGAGCUCACAGCCGCUGUGAAGGAAGAGGAGCUGAGUGUCUUCUUCCGCAACAACCACUUUAGCACCAUGAUAAAGCACAAGGGCCACCUCUACCUGCUGGUGACAGACCAGGGCUUCCUGCAGGAGGAGGGGGUGGUGUGGGAGAGCCUCCACAACGUGGAUGGCGAUAGCUGCUUCUGCGACACCGACUUUCAUCUCAGCCAUGCCCUGGGCAAAGAGGCGGCCAGUGCGUCCUCCCCAGAGCACCACCUGCAGCAGAGACAAGUGGACCAGGACUACAUGAUCGCCCUGUCCCUGCAGCAGCAACAGGGACAGGGCCCCUCGGCACUCAGCGACCUCGAACUCGCUCGCCAGCUGCAGCAGGAGGAAUAUCAGCAGCAGCAGCAGCGGCCGGCCCCGGCCCCUGCACAGGGCCGUGCGCAGCCGGGCGCCCGAACAGCUGGAGAGCGGAGGCAGAGGCAGAAGCAGGACUCAGACUGUGUGCUCCUGUAGAGCACCCCAGCCCCACGCCCCGUAAGGACUCCUCCACACACGGCACCCCUGGGUACCCUGCUGCGUGUCCCCCUCCCUGGGUUAGCCCCAUCUGCCCCCCCAGCCCUGGCUGCUGAGCUGCAGCGGGGAGUUACGGCCCAGGCCGGGGGGCGCUCGCAGGGGUCCCUGAGGAGCAGAGACCCCCUGUGCUGUGCCUCUCUGCACUCCUGCCCCACUUGGGCCUCCGAGGAGACCCCAGCCCCACGGGGGGCCUUGGGGACAGGGUGGAGCACGGCUAGGGAGGGACAAGACAGUGAAUUGUCAACCCCCACCCACCUCCGGGAUCCCCGAACCUUUCCAGUGGCCUUAAAACAGGGGCUAAAAACCCCAAGGGCAAGGAGUGUCCCCUGAGCCCUCCUGUCCUUCCAGAGCGACAGGGACCCACCUGCUCUCAGACACGGGACACACCCCCCCCCCCGAGACCCCCACAC